UGGUGUCGAUCCGGUAUUGGAAAUAAAUAAAAUAACAUAAGAUGGCAUACAAAGUAGAUAAUGAAUAUGAUUAUCUGUUCAAGAUUGUACUCAUUGGAGAUUCUGGUGUUGGAAAAUCCAAUAUUCUCUCUAGGUUUACCCGAAAUGAGUUUUGUCUUGAAUCUAAAUCUACCAUUGGUGUUGAAUUCGCUACCAGAACUAUACAGGUGGAAGGGAAGACAGUAAAGGCACAAAUAUGGGACACUGCAGGUCAAGAGAGGUACAGAGCAAUCACAAGUGCAUAUUACAGAGGAGCUGUUGGUGCAUUAUUGGUGUACGACAUAACCAAGAGACAAACAUUUGAGAAUGUGCAAAGGUGGCUUCGCGAACUAAGAGACCACGCAGAUUCUAACAUUGUUAUUAUGUUAGCAGGAAAUAAAUCUGACUUGAAUCAUCUAAGAGCAGUAUCUUCUGACGAUGCUCAAAAUUUGGCUGAGAAAGAAACUCUUUCAUUUCUAGAGACUUCAGCAUUGGAAGCCCUAAAUGUUGAGAAGGCAUUUCAAACCAUUUUGUUUGAUAUUUAUCAAAUUAUAAGUAAAAAAGCACUUGCAGCACAAGAAUCAGCUUCUACUACUAGUGUUCCUCAUGGUACUACCAUAAAUGUGUCUAAUAUGUCUGGUACUGUUGAAAAGAAAUCUUGUUGCUCCAAUUAACAAGGUGUAAUUUGUAAAAAAUUGACGAUAU